UUGCAUGUCCAAAAGUCAUGGAUGACCAAACCGGUGAGCAAACAUACAUUAUUUGUUCGUUCAGUCUGUCAGAUCAACGCGACUGCGACAGAAAAAUCACUGUGACAGUGGAAUAACUUCGACAGGAGAGGAGACACUGACAGAUUGAGGACCGAGCCUUUCUAUCAGCCUAAUGUGACAAACAUGUGUCAUGUCAUGUGAUGAAGGGUUCGAGUUUGAAGUCCAAAGCCAAGCAGAGUGGACUAUUACACCGUCACCCUCCAAAUUCUCCUGUGGUCAACCCCUCUGAUCUGGUGUCAAAAUGGCCUCAAGGCAGGGAGACAUGCCAGCAAUAGAGGCCGGCUCGGCAUCUGGAUUCUUCGCUGCCAUGUCGUCUCCCAUUGGAAUGACCCGACGCAAUAUCAGCUAUGACGAGCACAUGGAUUCCCCCAUGCAUUCACCACCUGCAGAUUUGGCUGUCAACAUCUUAUGGAAGGACCCUGUCAUCCCUCAGCACAAGUUUAGGAACGCUGAAGAGGACGGUGAAAGUUACGUGAAGAUGCCGACUUUUGAGCCAAUGUUACCAGCCAGGUCCCCAGUGCCUGUGGUGAAAGCCAAAGCCACCUCUUUAAUGAGCUCAAUUAUGAUCAAGCAGACCCAUGAAAACCUCCAGAGGUUUGAACACCAGGCAGGGCUGACGGAGGCUGUAUAUUCUCCCCAUAAGGGCCUCUCUGAGGAGACCCGCUUUCACCGACUGGCUGAUAGCACACUUCCAAAGUUGAGAAUGCCAAGCGGGGACUUCAAGGAGGACAGGAUUACAACAUCAGCACAAUCCACCCCAAGUGGCACUCCUUGUGUCACCCCCUCCGUCACCCCCUCCGUCACCCCAUCUGUCACCCCCUGUGUUAGUCCCUACUCAUCACCAGUUGUUAAGCGCAGGAGCUGGUUCCAGCUGAGUCCUGUGCCAUUUCUUACAACCCCAGAGCUCAGCAGCCCCAGCCACAACACAGACAUGGGAGGAAACGAGGGAGGUGGAGGAGAGAGAUGGAGCUUUUUUGGAACUCGCUCUGUGGUACAGAAGUCCCCCACUGACCCCGGCUCGGACACCAGCACCGGCUUCUCACUGCAGUCCUACUUAGGUCUGCAGAAGUCCUCCACCAUGGAUGGCACCAACACCCAAGUCAGCCUCAAGGGGGAGGACCCUGCCAACUUCAUACCCCCUAAGAUUGAAAUCACAGGCAUCGACACCAAGCGGGUGCAGCCACGACCACACAAACUCAAACCUCGGGACAUGAAUGUUUUAACACCUUCGGGCUUCUGAAUCUAAACCAGCCCCCUAUUCACAUCUCUGUACCACAUACUCUGCAGUUAUCCUCUCUGUGUGGCUUCCUUCCCUCCUCCAUCCCCUCUGCCUCCCUGCACUGAGACAGAGGGGAUGGAGGACCACCUGUGCUGUUAGCUCACCGACCCCUGAGACAUUACCGCACUGUUACUCCUCUCAGUGGACCGACUCAGACGGAUUCCAGUCUCUUCCAACUAAUUUGUCCAAAUAAAGCUUCAAAUAAUAUGAUUUGUUAUCCCUAAAGAUGGUACUUCUUUGUAUUGUUAUCGUAGUUACGUCACGUAAUGGAUGCACUGGCAUGCGUUGCCUUGAUGUGCUUGUUCCAUUUGUUUUUAGUGAUGGCACAACAUUCAAGUUGUCGAAAUAUCUUGUCAGUCUUUUGCUUUAGCUAACAACUUUAGCGCUGCCUCUCAUACUAUAACUGACCAGCUAUUUCAAUCUAUUAUGCUCUGUUGCCUCAUUUGUAUUAUUAUUUUUUUUUAAUUUUAAAAAAGCUCACAGUUUUGUAGUUGUUUGGUGCUUUUCUGUUAGCAUGCAGAAUAGUAGUAUUGUGUGACUGAUACUGUGCCUCAGCCUGCAGCGUGUCUGCUUUUGGCAUUUGCCACUUAAGUUCUGCAAUUUUUUAAUAUUAUUUGGCAUUUCAUUUUACCUGAUGUGAUGUGAGUGUGACUGCUGACCUGAAGUGGUUUUUUAAAAAUUAUUAUUAUUAUUUCAAGUAUUUUUCAUAUUGUUCUGCUUUAAAUCAACAUUAUUCAUUCUAAAUAGUAGUUGGUAUGUUGGGUUUAUCACAUUUUUAUAUUUAAUCAUAAUAGGCCUCAAUAUGCUACAAGAAUACAAAGCAUUGAAGUGGUCAUUUUCAAUUUUGCAUUUUUUUUUUGUCACAAUCCAAGAAUCUCUGCUGUUUUAAUUGAAAAUGUUGACGAAUUCCAGUAAGUAAUUGCACAUGGGAGAUUUCCUCCAAUUUACUGUAAAUAAAUCUGAUAUUAACAAGCAAAA